CGAGGACUGUGGUGAGGAGAAACUGUCUCGUGGGACCGCGCGACAAGUCUAUGUUUUCAGUCGGUUUUUAACGGAUUUUGAAGUCUUCUUUCUUUCCCCCACAAAACUGACUGACGUCUACAGAAUAAACGCGGUCUGAUGUGUAGCAGACACCAUGCACCAGCUGUUUGGCCUGGUGCUGGGCAAGAGGGACCUGUCCCGGGCUGGAGACCUCUUCUCCCUGGAGGACUCUGAGAUAGAGGACUGUCUCUCACAGGCCCUGGAGGAAAUCAAGGCUAUCUCCUGCUCUCCUGACUACCUGACCAAUGACAAUGACCAGGCUGUGGUGGAGAUCUGCAUCACACGUAUCACCACGGCGAUCAGGGAGACACGGUCCAUCGAGCGCCAUGGGGGGGCGUUAGUGGGUCUGUGGGAGUCCUGUCUGGAACACAACCUCACCCCCCAGGGUAAAGACGAAGACACACCCCAUGCCAAGAUAGCCUCCGACAUCACCAGCUGUAUUCUGCAGAACUACAGUCGUCCCCCAGUGAUGGCUCUAGCGGUGCCGGUGGCAGUGAGGUUUCUACAGAGAGGCAACAGAGAGCUCAGUAGAAACAUGUCCAGUUAUCUCUCUCUGGCUGCCAUGGCUAAGGCUGAACUACUGGCAGAACACACAGAGGCUAUCACCUGCAGCGUGCUGGGAGGUAACCACAUGCUCCUACGCGUGCUGCCGUCCGUCUACCCCAAACAGCCCCAUGCCAUCCAUCGUCACCUAGGCAACCUGGCGGCCAUGAUGUCACAGCUCGAUUCACCUGAGCAACAACACCUGCUGAGGCUGAUCCGGAUGGUCGCCGAGCAACAGCCACUGGUUCUGAGCCCCCUGGUGCCCUCCCUGGUUGGUUACCUAGGCGAUGCCUCUCUGAACGAGACCCUACUGGGUGCACUGGUGGACGUGUCACAGGCUAGCCCCGCCUCCAUGGCCCCCUUCCUGCCUGCGCUGAGGGUUGUGGGUCAGCAGUACCCAGUUCUGCUGGGACACGUGGUCAAAAUACACAGAGCUGUGGGCUUGACCAGUGAGCGUCAGGCCCGUAGCUCCCUGGUGUACCUAGUGUCUCUGCUGGGCAGUAUGGAUCACAGCUUCCACCACACUCUGCUGCUGGAGAUCAGAGCCCUGACUGACAGAUACACCUCCAUACUGGGAGGCUGUGCCAAAGACAUCUACAGGAUGAGUAACAGCUUCACCUCUAUAGCCAGACUACUGGGGAGAAGACUGGAGACAGACACCACUAUCAACUGCAGGGUUGAAGAGGAAUCAGAAAGCCCUCCUUCCCCAGAGGCCAGUGUGUGUGGGGGUGCAGGGGGGUAUGUAAGGGGGUCAGAGCAGCGACUGCAGGUGAAGAUCCAGGCGUUUGAGGAGAAGAUGGGGGAUGAGGGGGGAGAGGGGGAGACAGACGGUGGGUCAACUACACCCCAACGCAGAUACAGCAUGGGACAAGCCGCUAGAGAGGAAUACAGAGAGAUGAGAUUUAACAGGUCAAAGAGUCUGGCUCUGCACGCCGUGAGGUCACGGUCCAUCAACUCUGAGAUUGGUCAGGAUGGAGAAGGGGUGGAGCUAAUGUCUGAUGCAUUGCUCUCAGUGUCCCCACCUAAUCAGCAAACGGAACAUUUCGACACCUCUCCCACUGAGAGCGAACUAACCAAUCAGUCUAACCAGUCUCCCUCCACCCUUCCGGCCACACCCCAUGAGGAACAGAGGGAUGGACAGGGAGAAGGAAGGAGAGGAGUGAAGGGGGACACUGGGAAAGAGGACAAGCUGUACAGCCACCUGAGGGACAACAUGGAGAAGAUCAAAGAGUUCUGUUCUGUGAUGGUCCAACAGAUCCCCAUACCAGAACACUGUGUCAUAGAAGACUCAAGCCGUGGCUGUGUUGCAAAGCUGUCGUUCUCGUGCCCUCUAAAGGGGCAUUACUGUCUCUAUACCAAGUCCUGUUUCACCCUCACCAGCCUCCAGCCACACCUCUGGAUCAACAUCAUGCUGCUUCACCUACAGAGUAAGCACAGCGCUCCCCUCUCCUCUCUGGAUGACUGUGUUCAGAGGUUGGGGAGACUGUGGGAGAGGACCCAGCUAAAAGGAGCUCACGGCUUCUCCAUGGCCAUGACACAGCAGCCCACUCCACACAGAAAGGACCUGGACAGUCUGCAGAUCCAUCUGGAGGAGGUGCGUUUCUUUGACCUGUUUGGCUUCAGUGAAGAGGAGGGCAGCUGGCUCUGCUACAUGUGCAACAACCCAGAGAAGGCCACAGUGGUGAACGAGGAUGGCCAGCCGCUGAUAGAGGGGAAACUGAAAGAGAAGCAGGUUCGCUGGAAGUUCAUCAAGCGCUGGAAGACUCGCUACUUCACCCUGGCAGGAAACCAGCUCCUCUUCCGGAAGGGAAAAUCUAAGGAUGAGCUAGACGACAGCACCAUCGAGCUGAGCAAAGUGCAGAGCGUCAAGGUGGUGGCUAAGAAGCGGCGUGAGCGGGGUCUCCCCCGGGCCUUUGAGAUCUUCACGGACAGUAAGACGUACGUCCUGAAGGCUCGUGAUGAGAAGCAUGCUGAGGAGUGGCUCCAGUGUAUUAAUGUUGCCGUGGCCCAGGCCAGAGAGAGAGAGAACAGAGAGGCCACCACCUACCUGUGACCUUAUGACCUGGAAGAUAUUCUACUGUGACCCGUUCCUGACCCAGAAACACAACAUACAGCCCCGCACUACUGUACCAUCUACUAACAACAGCUGUGACGUCCACUGUUUCUGAUCAUCUGACAGGCCUGUGACGUCCACUGUUUCUGAUCAUCUGACAGGCCUGUGACGUCCACUGUUUCUGGUCAUCUGACAGGCCUGUGACGUCCACUGUUUCUGGUCAUCUGACAGGCCUGUGACGUCCACUGUUUCUGGUCAUCUGACAGGCCUGUGACGUCCACUGUUUCUGGUCAUCUGACAGCUGUGGGGCAGCGAAGACUGAUAUCCAGACAUCAUUACCAGAAUUUUGUCAUACAUUUAUAUAGGGUAUUGUUUCAGUAUUUACAGCAAUAAGGAUCUUACUAGCAGUAUGGACCUUCUAUUUCCAGCAAUAACAAUCUACAUAGUAAACCUAGCAAUAAGAGCUCAAUAUGAACAGCAUGAGAAAACCAUCUUGCCCCAGACAGUGAAGAUGAAAAACCCCAAAUAGAUAGCAUAUGAGAGCGUUUUACAGCAAACAAACAGAUUUACUGUUAUUAGCAUUUAGCAGUAUCAUUUAUUAAUAUACCGUCAUUUAGCAGUAUCAUUUAUUAAUAUACCGUCAUUUAGCAGUAUCAUUUAUUAAUAUACCGUCAUUUGGCAGUAUAAUGUAUUAUUAUACCGUAAUUUAGCAGUAUACUUUAUUAAUAUACUGUCAUUUAAAAAGUGGUAUUACACUCACCCAGUGGGUGUAAUAUAGUGAGCUACAAAAGUAUUGAGAAAGUUACAAACGCACAAAUAUCAUACCUCCAAGACAUGCUAACCUUUCACCAUUACAAUAACAGGGGAGAUUAGCAUUUUUGGCGGGGGUAUGAUAUUUGUGCGUCUGUAACUUGCUCACUCAUCAUUAUUCAUGAUUCAUUCAGGAUUAUCCGUAAUCAUGGUAGCAUCCACAUUAAUGUAUCAGUGUUUAGAAACAUAUUAUAUUCUUAUUUACAAUAAAAGUGACUGCAAAAUGACACAAUACAUUAUUUACCAUUCAUUUCUAUUGGGCACAAAAUAAUCUGAAACACAACCAAAACUAACAGAAAAUGUAUCUAACCAAUUUGUAGAGUCACAAGCUUGUUGAGACCAAAUGCUUAUUGUAUCAUUUCAAAUUCGAAGUGCUGGAGUACAGAGCCAAAACAACUGAAAAUGUGUCACUGUCCCAAAUACGUUGGGAGCACUCUGUAUGUCAUAGUUGAUAAAUGAACAGAAUAGUCCUCUGGAGGUCUAAACAGAGACUCAGAACAACAGUGGGUGAUAUGGGCCACACUGCUGGGAGCUUUAGAACUACAUUCUCUCUCCCUAUAGGACACGCUCUUCUAUGGAGAAACAUGUUUAUUGGCAAAGCUAUCAUCUUUUUAUUCUCUUGCCUUUUCUUCCAAGAAAAGAGUUUGGUGUGUGUGUGUGUGUGUGUGUGUGUGUGUGUGUGUGUGUGUGUGUGUGUGUGUGUGUGUGUGUGUGUGUGUGUGUGUGUGUGUGUGUGUGUGUGUGUGUGUGUGUGUGUGUGUGUGUGUGUUUACAAUGAUGAGCAUUGACAUUUCUGACUUGUCCAUUAAUAACUAUACAUUAAACCUAUUGUUAGCAGAACUCGCAUCACGCUGGAAUCUACCACCCCUCCCCUAAUUGGAGUAACUAGUGAACAACAACUCUUAGGCUUCUACUUCCAGUUUAUACAUACUAUAUACAUUUUACAGACACAGUAUAUUUAACAAUAGUUAUCUUUUGUUUGUUUUUAGUUCCAUCCUUAAGCUAUUCUCAACCCCUCCCAUUUAUCUCUGAAGACCACCCAGUUCUAUUUGCCAUAUAUUUACCAACUGUGCUGUUUCACCAAACUUCUGAACCUACUGUAUAUACAUUUUACUUUAGUUAUCUUGUUAUUUUUUGUCCUAACCUUCAGCUACACUCAGCUUUCCAGUUAACCCAUUGACUUGCCUUAAUGAGCAAUGUGUUCUAGAAUCUGAACAAAUGAAACAAUUCACUCACAAACUGCUAAGAAAAUCUAAGAAUUGGACUGGAGAUUUCCUUGUGGGUUCAGAACCAGCACCAGCUGUCAUAAUGAAUGAACUGUUUCUGUGGACGAUGCAGCCAGUUAAGUCAUUUUGAAUGAUUUGUAAGUGUAGAUGAUGUACACUCAGCGGUCAGUGUAUUAGGUACACCCAGCGGUCAGUGUAUUAGGUACACCCAGCGGUCAGUUUAUUAGGUACACCGAGCGGUCAGUUUAUUAGGUAGACCCAGUGGCCAGUUUAUUAGGUACACCCACUGGUCAGUUUAUUAGGUACACCCACUGGACAGUUUAUUAGGUACACCCAUCUAGUACCAGGUUGGACCCCCCCUUUGCCUUCAGAACAGCCAGAUUUUUUUGUGGCCAUGGAUUCUACAAGGGGUGGCGUUCAAGCGUUGCUCAAUUGGUAUCAGACCUAAUGUGUGCCAGGAACACAUUUCCCACGCCAUUACACCAAUGCCACCAGCCUAUACCGUUGACACCAGGCAGGAUGGGGCCACAGACUGCUUACACCAAAUCCUGACUCUGCCGUCAGCAUGAUGCAACAGGAACAGACAUUUGUCAGACCAGGCAAUGUUUUUCCAGUGUUUGUCCAGUGUUGGUGAUCGCGUGCCCACUGGAGCUGCUUCUUCUUGUUUUUAGCUGAAAGUGUAACCCGGUGUGGUCAUCUGCUGUAAUUGCCCAUCCGUGACAAGGAGCGAUGACUUGUGCGUUCUGAGAUUGCUGUUCUUCACACCACUGUUGUACUGUGCCGUUAUUUGCCUGUUAGCUGGCAUUCUCCUUCAACCUUUGCCCAAAGGACUGACUGGAUGUUUUUUGUUUGCAGCACCAUUCUCUGUAAACCCUAGACACUGUCGUGCGUGAAAAGCCCAGGAGGGGGUCUGUUUCUGAGGUACUGGAUCUGGUGCGCCUGGCACCGACGAUCAUACCACGCUCAAAGUCACUUAGGUGACUCGUUUUGCCCAUUCUAAUGUUCAAUCAAACAGUAACUGAAUGCCUCAAUGCCUGUCUGCCUGCUUUAUAUAGCAAGCCACGGCCACGUGACUCACUGUCUGUAGGAACAACCUAUUUUCUGAACUGGCCACUGUGUGUAUAUGAGCAGCCAGAGAAACCCUGUAAUACUCUACACCCCCUCAGUGGUCAUAUACGAAUUAGAGACCUAGAGACCGACAAAGCAUAGAGCCUGGAGUAGCUGAAUCUUUAGCAAGCACUCUACCGUUAGUUACCAUGUGUUUUAUUAGGACACUUAAACCUGGUGAGGUAUGCCUGUGUCAAGUUAGUGACUGUGUUUUAGCCCAGCUCCUGUGCCACGUCUAGAUGUGUGUAAAUAGUUUUGGUUCAGGGCCUGGCUGUUUCCUGUAGCCCUGUGGCUCUCUAGGUGAAUGUUGGGUCUACACUGCCUGCUGUACGGCAUGCUGUAUGGCCUGCUCUGUAAUGCUAUAGUAGUGUCAGCCAUAACAGCAGAGCGGAGUGCCGGGCCGGGAUUUCUCACAUGAAUCAGCUUACACAUGUAUGUUUCUCUAACUGACGACCUCUUCUGGGACCGACCUGGCAGCCACCGGAGCCAACGUUUGCUUACAACAAUUAUUUACAUCACACCUUUCUCCUCAGCCCCUCCCCUCUUAUCCUCCUCCUCUCCCUGACCCAAUUACACAGCUCUGCUCAGGCCCCAGAAUUUCACAGCCAAUAGCACAGUCCACUAGUGAUACAGGCAAUACUUAUUGUAGAAGUGUCAACUCUGUUUAAGUGCAGUACAGUUCAACACUCCUAAUUCAAUGAGCCUAUGUUCUUUUGACUCGCUCCAGAUAUUCAUUGUCUUACGUCAGGUGGCGUCACUCCUACGCGACGCUCGUCCCUCAACCUCAGUGCAGGCGGAAUCUACGCACAUCUGACGUAGGACAAUGCCAGAUAUCAGCAUGCUAGUGUUCACCCAUAUUUCAGGAGUGGACUAUAUAUUCCCAUACAGUAUGUCCAUAUUCUAGCUAGACUCCGUUCCCUGCCAUGCCAACCCAUCGCGAAAUCACGACACAGAAGUCUGUGCGUCAGCCACUACACUAUGGUGCCAUGGUGAUGACGUCAUCGUUUUACUACUGCGUCGAUUUCUGAAUGUUUGAAGACAAUGUCUUGUAAAUAUUCUAGAACCAGUUAUGUCAACGCUUUUUCCUCUCCCGUCACUGCCAUCUUGCCCUAGAUCCAGAGCUUCUCGGGUCUUUGAGCCAAAAUGAGUUGUUGUUUUGUUGUGUUUCUUCAUAACUGAAUGCAUUUACAGUUUCCUGUUACGGGGACAUUAAGAUGAUAUGUGUAUAUUAGUGGUGUCUCUUACGCCUGACGUCAGAGGAAGUCUUUCUGUGACAAUGAAAACGUCUAUGCUUGUGAGAGCCAUUCCAUGCUAGGAGCCUUCAGUAGUAUGUAAAACGAUCCUGUUUAGAUUCAAUAACACAAAGGAAGUGUAUCUUCUACUGUUCUAGACUACACCAAUAAUCACAGAUUUUGUAUUUUUGAACAGAAUUUACAAAAAGUAUUAAUGUUUUUGAAUGUACGGUAUAACUGAUUUUCAGUAGAGAAAAUUGUAGAUGACAUGAUAACACUCUUCUAUAGUGUUUUUUAUGUUAUAGAUUGUAUUAAUAACCACUUUGGUUUUCAUUUUGAGGACAGUAUUUAUUUUUCCUGUAUUGUAAAAUCAUGCCUGAAAAAACAGCUGAUGCUUAAUGCUUAGUGAAAUAGAUUUUCUAUGCAUCACUUUAAUAUGAUAUGUUCUUAUUUUUCUGUGCAACAAUAUAACUGUAAAGACAAAUGAA